CAGAGCUCCUGAUCCCAUAUAUUUUUCAUGGAGGUGACACCAUUUCAAUUAGCUAAUAACACUGUUCUCUCCCUUUCUGAUAGUAAUUUCAUUCUCCCAAAGGACAGAAGGCCUAUCCUCUCAGAGGUAAUUAAUCCGGAUUCAAUUCCGAUUAUUAACUUAAAUGAGAAUAAUAUCGAUGAUGGUCAUGCGUCGUCCCUGUUAGUCUCGAAUAUAUCGCGAGCUUGUGAGGAAUACGGCUUCUUUCAGAUUGUCAACCAUGGAGUCCCCCAAGAAUUAUGCCAAAGAGUGUUGGCUGUGGUGACGGAGUUCUUCCAGUUGCCUCAUGAGGAAAGGGCACAGUUUUUUACAACGGAUCACACCAAGCAAGUUAAAGUGUACAACUAUUACCAAAAGGUUGAAGGACAUGGGAAGGUCACAAUGUGGAGUGAAACCUUCACACACCCUUGGCAUCCUUUGGAUGAUUUCACUCAAUUCUUACCCACAAGUAUUCCUCAGUAUCGGGAAGUAUUUGGUGAAUAUGCAAGGGAGAUUGGAGCAUUGAUGGAUAGGCUUUUGAGUUUGAUAUCGCGAGGGCUUGGGCUAGAGAAGGAUUAUUUAAAGAGAAAACUAGGUGAGAGGCCUGCCCUUUAUUCACAAGCAAAUUACUAUCCACCAUGUCCGAACCCGGAGCUCACCAUGGGGAUUCCUGACCAUAACGAUCUUGGUGCACUCACGAUACUCCUACAAUCAGAGGGGGUCACUGGCCUUCAAGCCAUAAAAGAUGGGAAAUGGCUUUCCGUUCACCCUGUGCCCAAUGCAUUUGUCGUCAAUCUGGCUGAUCAAAUUCAGGUUCUGAGUAAUGGAAGGUACAAGAGUGUGGGUCACAGGGCUAUAACCAACGACCGGUUGGCGCGAGUAUCAGUGGCAAUGUUCUAUUCACCAAAUAAUGACACCGUGAUUGGUCCAAUUGAGGAUUUUAUUGACGAGGAGCACCCCGCAAUGUACCGAAACUAUACUUACAGAGAUUAUAUGGAAGAAUUUCGUAGGCAAGAAGGAAGGAGGAGGAGAGUCAAGGAAGCUUUUGAGAUUCAACGAUAAAAAAUUAAAGGGUUAAAUAUAAAAAUGUUUCAUAAACUAACAACCGAUUUUAGAAUAGCUCCCUGAAUUUUCAUGUGUGCUAAAGUGACCCAUGAAAUUAUCACCAUGUUUCAAAAAUGCCACUUUUUUCGAUAAUACCCUUAUCCUCUAAAAAACAAAAAAUAAAAACUAUUUUUUAAACAAAAAUAAAAUAAAAUACAAAAAGUUAAAGAAAUUAAAAACUUUAAAAAUUAUAAUUUUUUAAUUAAAAAAAUAGAAAUUCACCCAUUUCCUUUUUUUCCAUUUUUUUUAAAAAAAUAAUGAUAAUAUUUUUAUUUUAAUAUAUUUGCUACUACCACCGUUUUGGGUUGCCCUAUUGGACAGCUUCGCGACAUCAGAACGGUGGUGGCAAUAAUUCUUUUUAAAAAAAGUCAUUCAAAAAAUUAGUUUUGACAAAUAUAUAGUUCCCUAAAGUUUAAAAAGUGACAAAACAUUUCAUAGGGUAAGCGAAAACAACAAAUUAAAUAGGUCUUUGGCGUUAAAAAUUUUAAUAGAAUUCGUUAUUUAUCACGUUAGCACUAAUCAUAUUGUGAUAUAUAUCACUUAUAAUGAAACAAAAAAUAUUAAAAAAAAUAAAAAAACCAAAUUCGCCACCCAAUUUGACUAAAUGGGAGGUGGCUUGAACCACCCCAAAUAACCACCUCAUGGCCACCAACUUCAAUGGCCUUUUUCACACAUCGAAGACAAUAACCCAUAUAAUGAACGGAGGAAUGGGGGGAUUUCUAAUAGGCCAUGGCCCCACUUAAUUUCCAAGAAAGAAAAUUAACUUACUAGGUUCUUAGCACUAAAAUUUUUUAACUUUUACACCUGGCCUGCUCAUGAUAGUUUUUAGCUAUAUCACGCAUGACACACCGGAAUGUGCCUUAAAGGCCAUAGAAGUCCAGAGUCUCUCUCUUAUGAUUAACACACUUUUUUUUCUUUUUUCUCCCAUUUUUUUCUCU